UUUGUCCAUUGGUCGCAAGAACAGGAAAAAGCAUCCAUGCACAAAGGUGUCGAGCGGGACAUGGAGAAACAACGCGUUCAAUUAGAGCGAAAGGCCGACUUCGAGAUGCAGAAAGCGCUCCAGGAGGAAUAUCUAAAGCUCCAGAAGGUCUCUCCGAGCAUAGACGGGCCGCCAACAAGUGGGGGACAUCCAAAUUUGAAUCAAGGGUCAUGAUGAUUCUCUAUAUUAGAGAUGUUACUUUGAUACAAUUGUAAUAUAGACACGAUAUGUACAUUAUUUGCAACAUAGAGAUACUCCAUUAUUCAAUCCAACAUAGUUUAUGUGCAAUAGCACACGACCAACCGAAUUUGAGGGCACUGUUGGCGAGCAGAGAAGAUCAAGUGGUCCAAGCACAAGCGUUGAUGGUACUAGUCGCAGAGACGAUGAACUGGACCCGUAUAUCUCGUUUCCAUAAGGCGUCCGAAGCUCGUUUUACUCGUCAAGUAUAUCAAUUCUGUUCAAUCGGCGUUGAUCCUAUACCUGUUUAGACAUAUACGGCCUAGCCAGAUGCGUUGACGAGAUGAGUCUUGG